AGGGCGCGAGGCAGUUUUCAGCAAGUCACUGCGCACCAGCACGCUCAGAACUGAGCAGCUCACCCGCAGCUGCUUAAUCACCCCUGGAUAAUGUUGAAGAAUAUUAAUCUCGCUCGCAACCGUGGGAAGAAAAGUAAAGAUAAAGAUAAGACACUUUGCAGUCACUCCGUUUGUUCUGAUGUGGUAGAAAAGCCAAAAAAGUGCUCCUUUAAAGAAAACCCAGUGGUGAAGAAACUAAAACUUAAGCUAAAAAUUCUGAAUAUAAAGGAUGCAUUAAGAGGUGCCAAAAUUCUGAACCCACAUGACAUUCAGCCAGAGCUCCCAGUCUUGGAUUUCAAGCAGAAUCUGGAACAGAAUAAUUUAGCAGAAGCAGGCCAGCAGCUUUUGGAACAGGAACAACGCCUAUUCAGCAGCUGUCAGUCUUCAGACCAACAGGGAAAUUGCACAGAUGACGAGAAAGAAAAAUUGCAGAACAACUAUGAGAUCUUCAAGCUGCAUCUGAAGCUUGCCAUAACUGACUCCUUCAAUAAGGAGAACAAGGACCGACUGAGAAGUGCUGUGACCGCUAUACUUCAGCAGGAACAGCAAGACAAGCUCUGGGAGGAUGCAGCUAAUGAGGAUCGUCCAUGCUGGAGGCCUAUAAGGUGCCGAAAGCAGCAUGACUUGCAGCUUCAGACACUGGUGGAGGUACGCAUGGAGAAGGCGAGUGAAAAAGAAAAUGGAGUGGAUAAGCUGGCAACACCUCUGAAGAGGGAGGUGUGCCGGAUGGGCAACCGCAUUCAAAAAGACUUGCUUUGUGUUGUCCAAGAUGUGCAGCAGUGUUACACAACAGAGUUCAACAUUUGCAACAUGUAUUCUCAGCUCUACCAUAAAGCUUUCUCCAUGAAACUGUUGGCAUUGACUCAUUCCAGCGUCGACUUGGAAGACUGCGUCUACAUUCUGAGUUGGAUUCAUCGGUACUAUCCGAAGGAUGUGUUGCAACAGGCAGAACUGGAGCCACACAUCAACGUUAAGUCAUUGGGAUCAUUGUUACCUGAGGAACAGCUUGCAUCACUACAUAAGCAGUAUCUCUCACACAAACAGGCAGAGGUCAAGACAUGGCUCUCAAACGCUCUUAAGAAAGAAGAGAAAAGUUGGGAGACUGGCAAUCUGGAGCUCAGUGAGGAUGGAAAGCACAUAACUUAUCUCGCCAUCGACAUUUUACCACUUUUGGAUGGGGCCAUGAAGGAGGCUGUGAUUAUUUUAGGUAACUGUGAGAGUACGAAGAAAAUACUGCAUCAGCUAGGCAGCUUUCUUGAAAGUUAUAAGAAAUCCAUCGAUGAUCUUAUCAAAGGAAAGAACAGCAAAAUUUGUGACAUUCUGAAAGCCAGUCUGUAUAGUAUUCACCUGCUGAGUGAUUAUAUAAUCAAAGCAGAAAACCUGGCAUAUGAAGACAAGGAAAUCUGGCUAAACACUCUAUCAGACCUGAAAGACCUCUGUCAUAGAUAUUUACUCACUCCCAUCCAUACAGAGCUCAAGGAGCACUACCGAAAGCUGUGGACUCAGGCCUGGUUUGCAGAAAGUCAGAAGCUUGUUGGAGAUCUACUUAAAUCUCUGGAGGAUAAGAUACAGCGUUUUUCAGACAUAAAACAUGAAUGCAUGGUGGAGCUGUUAAAUAAACUGCACUUGGAUGUGAUGGUUGAAUAUGUCAGGAGGAUGUUAAAGAGUAACCUGAAACUAAAAAAGGAUGAGCAGGAAGCAGCUGCAGGAUUUCUGUGCGAGGACAGCAUCAGAAUUCAUACACUGUUUGCUGAAAAGGGAUCAAAACAGCUAUGGCUUCGGGGAAUCUUACCCAAGGUGUCAGAAAUGUUGAGGCUGCAAGAUACAGAGGCACUCAAGAUUGAGGUGGUUACACUGGCCAGAAAUUACCCAGAUAUCAGGGACUAUCAUGUCAGUGCCCUCCUGCAUUUAAAGGCCAACCUCUCCAGUGCGGAUAGGAGCAACAUUAAGAUGAACCUGGCUGAGAACGCAGCUUUGGUAAACUCUGAUCACAAUCAAGAAUUCUUCAGUAAAGUCCGUGUCAAGCGCAGUUCUAUUUUAAAGAUUAAAAAAACAAUGUAAUGUAAUUAUCAGCUGUUAAACCUGGUGUAUAACAAAAUGAAAAUGUUAAUGUUAGUUCAUGAGCUCUGUUUCAGACACGUUUUGCUGUUUUAACAAUAACAUAACAGAAAUGCAUUUUCUACUCUAUAUAGACAACAGUACUGGGCCACCUUCUUAUUAUUGAAUCUAUGUUUCAGUGUUAUAUGUCCAUCAUAUAAGGGAAAUUAUAUUCUUCCCACUUCCAUCUGCAGCAACAGUUUGUGGAAAGCCCUUUGGUGUUCUAGGGUGACUAUCACAAAUAAAAAGGUGGCCAAAUUUAUAGAAACAAAGUAAGAAAUGGAAUGCAACAUCUACGUCAGCAAAAAAACAAACAAAACUGACUAUAAUAAGAGUCAGAAACAAUUAUAUAUAAGGGAACUACCUCCUGGACCGAAUCAGUAUUCAUGAGGCACAGGUGAUUCUCAACCAGAGGAAUUGACAGAUCACACACUGUUGUACGUCCAUGCCCCAUCUGCCAGCUGCAAUAGGCAACGCAGAAGGACACGACUUUAGGUAUAGCUGGUAGAGACCAGAUCCAAUAAUAAAUAUUGAAUUUGUAUUUAUUACUUUUAUGAUCCUGUAUAGCACAGCAUGGUACUUCAUUAUCUGUUGUUUCAGUGUUACAUAUGUUUGUAAUGAUCUACCCACGAUGUGAUAUGAUUCACAAUACUGGGUUCACAAUAUGAUUUUUUCCUGAUUUCCUGAGAUUGAUUUUCUUAAAAAAAAAAAAAAAAAUACUGUAUUUGUGCUUAUUUUUUGUUCAUUUCUGAGGUAGGUACAAACUAUGCCAAAUAAUGCUUAUUGUGUAAAAAAAAAAAACUGAAAUUAAAUUUUAAAACAAAUCUAAACAAAUGAAUGAUAAAAAAAAAGAAAGAAUCCUCAAAUAAAAUUUGGCUGGAAAAUCCUCUACUUGGCAACUUUGUGAAGUGCCGUCAACCAGGCAAAGUGCAUAUCGAUUCAUCUUAAAUUAAUAACCAAUUUGAAUCGUGGCACAUGUGUACCGAUUUUUAACUGUCUUGUGGUGCAUUGUUACAUCUCUAGUGUUACAUGAAGAUUCUACUACUUAUUUUUUCAGUGAGAAACUUCGAACUUUAAUCAUAAGAUUGUUCAGGACAUUUAAUGUAAUGUAAAUGUAUUAAAACCUCUUCAGGUACUU